AUGGCCGAUAAUCCGGACACCUGGUCUUUGUAUCCCUAUGACCCAAACAAGCCAGCUCCGAUAGCCUUCGCAAUCCUCCUAACCUGCCUCGCAUGUCUCCAAGUCUAUCAAUCAUUCUUCCGGUAUAAAUGGAAGAAGUUCGGCGGCGUCAUGACAUGGGCAUCUUCGGUCUGGAUUGCUGGUUUCGUCUGUCGGAGCAUUUCGGUGUUCAACGUGCAGAGCGUCAACAUCUUCAUUGCUCAAUACGUCCUCGUACUCAUGGGCCCUCCACUGUACGCCGCUGCAGAAUACUUUAUCCUGGGUCGAUUGCUCGCCUACCUACCGUAUCACACGCCCAUUCAUCCUGGCAGAGUAUACAGCACUUUCAUCCUCCUCAGCGCGGUUGUCGAGGCCUUGACGGCCAAUGGUGCGGCCAAUAGCGUGGGAGAUGGUAGGACGGAAGCUCAGUACAGAACUGGUCACAGCUUGCUCAAAUCUGCACUCAUACUACAGUGUUUUAUCGAGGCACUGUUCAUGUCCCUAGUCGCAACCGUCGAAUAUCGGUGUCGAAAGGCGAAGAGCUUCCCGAGCCCCGUACGGACUGUUUGCUACAUCCUAUACAUCACUUCCGGCAUGAUUCUGGUGCGCUGCAUCGUACGAACCAUCGAAGGCUUUGAGGCGGCAUCUUGCGAUCCAAACCGUGAUGAUCCAUACUGUGGUCCCGUCUCCCGAAACGAAUGGUUCCUCUGGCUUUUCGAGAUUGCAAACAUCACACUCUUCGUUAUCUUGCUUUCGAUAUUUCACCCUGGCAGAUUCCUUCCUGGCAGUAGCAAAGUGUUUCUGGAUCCAGAUGACGGUAAGACAGAGCGUCUUGGGCCUGGCUUCGGCAAAGCAGACAAACGACCACUUCUUAUCACCAUUAUCGAUCCGUUCAACUUUUACGGUAUUGCGACUGGCAAAGGAAUGAAACUCGACAAGUUCUGGGAGAGACAUCAACCUCUCCACGAUAGUCAAGACGUGCAGGCUAAACACGAGAACUUGGGUAGUCCUGUGGGAGAUACACAGGUCGGGACGAUGAGAGAUUCUACGAUUCAAGUGUAG